ACAAACAAGAUACUCUUUCUUUCUUUCUUAUUCGUUUAAGUCUCAAUAUAUUUAGGCGAUGAGAUUUGCCUUGUUUUGCGUGUCCAUACAUUUGCUUUUUCUGGGUCAUGUGAUAGCAAGGGCAGCACAAUCAGUGAGACUUCAAAGCCGCCGAUUUAAGUCCUCACAUCGAAUUCAUUCAAGGUUAUACAGUCAUGGAAAGAAUCAAAUUGACAAGAACAACAAGCAUGGGCCAGGAAGUGUACCAAUGAAUGUGAGGCAUAGACAUCUUUUUCAUUCGAUAUUUAAGCACCGUAAAAAGUUCUUAAAUGCUAAAGGUUCCCCAAAAGAAGUGAUCGUCAGGGUGAAUGGACAAAAUGUUUAUUCCAGCAAAGCUCAAGGAUCAAACUUCUCCAUCAAUGCUAGCGUACCAACGACUUCUCCUCCUCCUCCUCCCUCGCCUCAAACACACAAUAUCAACCUCCACAUUAACCUUACUAGACCAGUAAGCCCCCCUGGGAGACCAAGUGACCAGCCGAUUAUUAUAGCUCCCCCACCAAGGCCACAGCCAGUUGUAGCUAUAGUUCCUCCGAUGGCAUCACAACCUGCGCCAGUACAAGUUCAACCCAUGGUGGUUCCUCAAGUACAACCUCAAGUACUACCACUUCCUGCUCCCACCACUGCACCAGCGCCCCCUGAAAAGAAGGGCCAAUCAAGUCUCAGUAAAAUAUUACUUACGGCUGCUUUGUUGAAGACUCUAUCGGGAGGAGACUCUUCUGAAAGCGCAACACAAGGAUUUCCAUCAUUGAUGCAAAACCCACUUGCCUCUAAUGGCUAUUCUCUUAAUUCUCUGCUCCCGGGUACUUCAGGUGUUGCUGCUUUGCCAUCAAUAGGGAAUCUUCCUCUGGGCUAUCCUCAGAUUGCGACUCAGCCCGUCGGAAAUCCCUCACUGGGAUAUCCUCAAGGUAAUCUCCCAGUAUUAGGAUACCCAGCGCAAACUGUUCCACAAACAGGGUCACAAGCCUUGGGAUAUCCAGCAACGUCAGGCGUCCUAGGAGGCCUUAAUGCGGCAAAACCUGGCGUCAUGGGAUAUCCAGCCAUUGGCACAAACAUGGGAUAUCCAGCCAUUGGCACAAACAUGGGAUAUCCAGCCGUUGGCACAAACAUGGGAUAUCCAGCCGUUGGCACAAACAUGGGAUAUCCAGCCGUUGGCACAAACAUGGGAUAUCCAUCCACGGGAAAUCCAGGCAUGGGAUAUCCCGCUGUAGGGAAUCCAAGCUUGGGAUAUCCUGCCGUUGGGAACCCUAAUGUGGGAAAUCCUGUUGUAGGAAACCCAUAUUUGGGCUACCCUGCAAGGGGUGUCCUGCCGGGCGGUGUAAACCAGAACGUAAGGUAUCCUGCCAAUUGGAAUCCAAAUAACAGGUAUUUAGACGGCAAUAAGCAAAACAGUAGAGAUCCUAUUAGUGGGAAUCAAAACUUGGGCUACCCGGGAGGAGCUAAUCAAAACGUAGGGAAUCCAUCCGGAACCACCCAGAACUUGGGUUUUCCUGCUGCUGCGAGCCAAAAUAUGGAUGCUGAAGCAACGAUACCAAACUUUCUGAGUGGGCUAGCUCCUGAACCUUCUGCUAGCCCUCUUGAGGCUAACAAUCCACCAUUACCUGGUCCAUCACCUGGUGUACAAUCAAAUGCACCAACCGCUACUGUGCCUCCUCCAGUAUCUUAUAAUGCCCUAUUGCCUGCGAAUGCGUCGCCUGUUGGUACCGCUGGUGGGAACCCUAACCUUGCUCAAGGUCAGGGCCAGACUGACACUUCAGAAACACCCGUUGUGCAGCCUAAUGUAGGAGUAGCAGGGACACCUGGAGUAGUGACAGGUCUCUCUCAAGCUCAAGGACAGGGCACUGGCACAGUUCUGCCUGCAACAACAUCAGCAGGUGUUCCAGGAUUUGAUCCCAGUUUGUGUUGGUGUGGUUGCGAGCCGACGUGUGCUAAUCCGUGUGACCUGUGCAAUAGUAGCAGAGAGAAUAGUUAUGGCAACAUUUUAAAUCAGUACAAUACUGGCUCAAUAAAUCCUUCCAAUGGACGGAAGAAAUAAUCGUUCGUAAUCAGCAGAGGCUUCCUCGCAAUUUUUGUAAGAGAGUUAGAGAGAGGUCUUCGUUUUCUUAUAUUGUAUUAUUCUUCAUUGUCAGCAAGGCUGAAAUGAUAAGUAGUGCAGACCUGAACAUGAAAGUGUAUUGUUAAUCUCACUGGUAUUUCUGAAAAUUGACUUAAUAUAUUGGUAUGCAGUAUGUAUUGGUGCUUGGUUAGUAGCUCGAAGUUAAAUUGUCUUUGAGAGAAAAAGACCAGAUUGGCGCCAGAUUUCCUCUCAUGAAAGGUGGAAAUAAACAGUAGCUCAGAAAAUUUUAUUCCAUUUUACGACAGCUAUGAGGUUUUAAAAUGGCUAGGAUAAAAUUGAAUCAAUGUACGAUUCAACUUAGUGUAGUUUGAGGGUCCCCUAUCAGAGUAGACUGCUCUUGUGGUUACUGACGUUUGAAAAGCUUGUUACUUAGCAACUCACCUUCCCACUUACUUAGUCAGAGAACGAAGUGAGCCGUGCUUAAUGGGAUGGCAAAAUAUAUCACGUCGGGCUAAGAUGAUGGGUCGUCAUUGGCACCUUUCAAGUUUCUUCGUUCACAGACUUUGGUGCUAGAUAAUUCUU